UAAAAACAACUUAACAUAUUAAAGGGAUACUCCACCCCAAAAUUAAAAAGUUUUCAUUAAUCACUUAAUGACAAAAUGGAAGAUAUUUUGGAUAAAAACCCAGGAGGCUUGACACUGUCCCAUAGACUGCAAAAGUUAGUUAUAGUGUCAGAGUCCAGAAAAGUAUGAAAGACGUCAUCAGAAUAGUCCGUCUGUCAUCAGUGGUUCAACAAUGGUUAACAUUAUGAAGCAACGAGAAUACUUUUUGUACACAAAGAAAACUAAAAUAAUGACUUUAUUAAGUAAUUUGUCUCCUCUGUUUCUCUCCACAUCACUCUAGCAACAUUUUGGUGAAUCUGAACUGUACACAGUGGCGCCACAAGGAUACCUUUUUUUUCAUAUAUUUACCUUUUGAUUUGAAAGAAAACAGUGCAGCCUUUUGGCUCGGCUGACUCAGAAGAGCGUACGCUGCCUGCGUUCAGCUCAGACUCGCCAUAAUGGCACUACAGUGAUGUGGAGAGAAACAGAGACAAAUUAUUGAAUAAAGUCAUUAUUCUUGUUUUCUUUUUGCAUUUAAAUGAUGCCCAAUUGGCAUUAAGGGACCUAUAGUGUGCCAAGAAAACAAUCACUACACCAUUACACCACCAGCAGCAGCCUGCACAGUGGUAACAAGGCAUGAUGGAUCCAUGUUCUCAUUCUGUUUACACCAAAUUCUGACUCUACCAUCUGAAUGUCUCAACAGAAAUCGAGACUCAUCAGACCAGGUGGAGAUGAGUGGUACCCGGUGGGGUUUUCUGCUGUUGUAGCCCAUCCGCCUCAAGGUUGUGUGUGUUGUGGCUUCACAAAUGCUUUGCUGCAUACCUUGGUUGUAACAAGUGGUUAUUUCAGUCAAAGUUGCUCUUCUAUCAGCUUGAAUCAGUCGGCCUAUUCUCCUCUGACCUCUAGCAUCAACAAGGCAUUUUCGCCCACAGGACUGCCACAUACUGGAUGUUUUUCCCUUUUCACACCAUUCUUUGUAAACCUUAGAAAUGGUUGUGCAUGAAAAUCCCAGUAACUGAGUAGAUUGUGAAAUACUCAGACCGGCCCGUCUGGCACCAACAACCAUGCCACGCUCAAAAUUGCUUAAAUCACCUUUCUUUCCCAUUCUGACGUUCAGUUUGGAGUUCAGGAGAUUGUCUUGACCAGGACCACACACCUAAAUGCAUUGAAGCAACUGCCAUGUGAUUGGUCGAUUAGAUAAUUGCAUUAAUGAGAAAUUGAACAGGUGCUCCUAAUUAUCCUUUAGGUGAGUGUAUAUAUGUGGUGUGAGAUCAUUUUGACACUGUCAGUAUCAGUAUUUGGCUAUAAAAGAGUUAGCUAUAUGGAUGAAUUUAAAAAAAACUGUCAAGAAUAUGGCUACCAUGAACAUGAAGCCUAUUUUUAUGAUCAUUAAAGGUGCUGUAGGGAACUUUUGUAAAAUAAUAUUUUUUUACAUAUUUAUUAAACCUGUCAUUAUGUCCUGACAGUAGAAUAUGAGACAGAUGAUCUGUGAAAAAAUCAAGCUCCUCUGGCUCCUCCCAGUGGUCCUAUUGCCAUUUGCAGAAACUCGCUCCCGGUAAAAAAAAAUCAAUCAGAGCUGCGGUCCGUAACUUUGUUUGUGUUCAAAAUGUAGAAAAAUGUAUAUAAUAAGCGAGUACACCAUGAAUCCAUUUACCAAACCGUGUUUUUAGCUUGUCCUGAAUCACUAGGGUGCACCUAUAAUAAGUGUUAUAUUCUGACUAUUUUAGAUUGCUUCGGGGGUACCGCGGCGGAGUAACCCAGUACCUUUGUGAUUCUUCAUAGACGUAAACAGAGAGAAGUAGUUCCGGCUACGAUGUUCUUCCGCAAGACACAAGCAGUUCUGUUUAUUAACCGCUAGAGCGUCAAAAGUUCCCUACCGCAGCUUUAAGUUACAGUUAAUCACAUUUUUGUCCGUAUUUCCAUUACACUUAUGCCAAAAAAGAUUUUAAAAAUUACAAUAUAAGGUAUUUCUUUUACUGUGUUUACAGCAUACACAAUAUAACUGUAUUACAGUGUAUAUUUAUUUCGGUUUUUACUGUAAUAUAAUAUAACAAAAAACUGUAUUACUGUCAAAGAAUCUGAUAUGAACCAGUAUCACUGCCGCAAUACAUUUCUAUUUUAUCUUUUGAUUUUGGAGUAAUAUACCAUGUACAUUUUUGCAAGUUUUAGGUUUAUGAUUCUUUUAAUGCAUUUGUUAAUGCCAUGGCCUUUAUUUACCCAAGAAAAAAAUGAUGAUGAAUUCAUUCAUUAAUGUCCUAUGGCCACAUUUAUGAUACAUCAUCCAUGUUUGUACUCUAAAUAUUUCAUAAGCAACAAAGCUACAGCAAGAUAUAUUCUUCUCAUGCCACGAGAUAGCUGAAGGAAAGGAGUACUGAUGUUAAUAACAACUGGAUGGAAUCAUUAAACCAAAUCACAAAUAUGUUUAACAUGUCUGUGUUAAGCAUUUCUUUUUACUUACCCUAAGGCAUGUUCACUGUGUAGCUGCACAUUCCUGUUCAUUGCAGUGGAAUGCACGGACAACAAAGACUAACAGGUAAACAGGUCGAGUGAGUCAGGCAUGUGAUGUCAUAAGAAAACUUUUCUGUGAAGAAUCGACACGCAGGUAAGAAUAAUUCAGCUAUAUAAGCUUGUUUAAAUGUAAACUUUCAAAUGUAUAUUAUUUAUGAUAAAAAGGCAUUUUGAAGUGAGUAUAAGAAAGUAUAUGGCAUGCAAUGGCCUGUGUUAUUACAACUUGUAUUUGUUGAAAUGUAUACUGUAUGUAUGAUGGGCAUGAUUUUGACAAAAAGACAGACAAACAUUCGCUAUUUUCAACAUUUCAAGUUGUAUACUGUAUGUAUGAUGGGCAUGAUUUUGACAAAAAGACAGACAAACAUUCGCUAUUUUCAACAUUUCAAGUUGACAAACUCUGCAUAGUAAAAAGCAAUGUUUAGUAGAACAUGCUUCAAAACCAACAUGGGAAGUAAGGUCUGUAUGUCACUCGACAUGCAACUACUUUGUUUUAUGAGCCAAGUUCACAUCAGAGAUUGCAAUAUCAGACAUAGAAUUGAAUAUGUGGAGUGAUAUAUCAUAUAGAUGAAUAAAAAACACAUUCUGGAUUUGUAAAAGAAGAAUUAGGCUCAUGUAAAGACAUACCACCUAUUUUUCCCCAUGGCUGGCAUCCCAAACCUUCUAGGUUUGAUCCAGAAUGAAAUAGAUGAAAUGAGGCUAAUUGGUCAUGUAGCCAUGAACACAAGUAUAAAGUACUUUUUGGAAAUCCAUAGGAUUGUUUUAUAAUAUGGAACAAAUUGUUUUAUUUAGUGUCUUACAUAAUUGGUCAUGGGUCUGAAAUAGACCAAUAGGUCUAUUACCACACUCUCAGAAAAAAAAACAUACAAAAGCUGUCAACUUUGUACCUAAACAGUACAUAUUGCACCUCAAAGGUACAUAUUAGUACCUACAGUAAACAUCAGGGUUCCUCAAUUGCAGCCCGAGAGAAUAAUGUUUGGCCCGGUUUAAUGUGGCAUGAAAAUUCGAACACACCUUCAGAAAGUGACAUUAAACUGUGUCAAUAUCGGACACGAGUGCGCGGCACAACAAAGGUUUGCAGUGAGUUCCCAUUUUAAGUUUGCUUUAUCCUAAAUUAUUUUCAAGAUCUGAGGUAAAAUAUCUGUUGUUGCUUUCACUAUGGCUGUAAAGAUCACGCAAAAUAGUAUUCAAACUCACAUUAGACACUUUUAACUUUGAAUAAAGCAGAUAAUCAUUACCUGAGAUUAUCAAUGUCAUAUUUUAUUUUUCGCAGAAAAUAAAAACCAUUUCUAAAAUAGAAUUCCGUUUCGCUUAUUGUCACGUGUCGCUGUCGCGGGUGAUUGAGGAACCCUGGUGUACAUAUUAGUACCAAAAAGGUGCAAAAGUGUACCUUUUGAAAAGGUUCUGCCCCAGUGACAGCUUUAGUAACUUUUUUUUCUAAGAGUGCAGGUUAAAUUACUCAUAUGAUUUUAUGGUUUUUCUUUUAAUACAUUUUUUUUAACAAGGCUUUUAAAAAAUAUUGUUUAAUUAUAACAUUUUUCUUUGCUGAUACAAAACAACUCACAUGGUUUAGUAAAAGGAUAACUACCGACAUAAUCAUUUUGUUCUCUUCAUGACUUGCAUCUUAGAUAUAGGGUACCACUUUUCUCUCAUAUGAUGCUCUAAUUCACUGAUGGUUAGAAAGUAUGUUUUAUUUCCCUACUUUAAUUAGACUUAGUCAGACUAUUUUUGCAAUGACUGAAUCAGCACCCAACUGACUACUAGCCUAUUAGUACUUCUUUCAGAAGGUAAUGUACGCAGAUUUAGUACAUCGUAUUUUCAUGUUAUUCAAAAACUCAAUUAAUUUAUUAUACUAACUCAUUAUAUUAUAGAUGGAUAUUCCCACAUGUGCUGCAGCAACAGCAGGCUCCCUAUCACCACCUCCCGCUUACAAUGACUUUAAUAAGUUUCCCCUUUAUGAGGAAAUCAUUCCAGAUUCACCACCACCCGAUUAUACCAUCGCCAUAGCCCCAGCUUCUGACAGGGAGAGAGCCAAUCUUCAAGAGAUUCCUCAAAACCCUAACAGGAGGGCAAACCCGUAUCCUGUCCUCAAUGUGCCUCGAAUCGAAAUAAUCGAACACAGAGAACAAACAUUCAUACAGCAGAUAGUGCAGCCUGUAGCUCCUCAGGUGGUCGUGGUGCAGCCACAGCAGAUGCUUGUUCUUUUGGAUGACACACCGACAGCGACUGUGUGCAAGUACUGCAAUAAAAGCAUCAUCACUAAUGUAAAAUAUAAAUCUGGUUCUGCUGCAUGGGCUAUGUGCUGUUUAUUGACUAUACUUGGGCUCAUUUGUGGAUGUUGCCUCAUCCCAUUCUUUGUCAGCGGUUUUAAAGAUGUCCAUCACUCCUGUCCUUACUGCCAUAAGCAUUUGGGAAUAUACACCCGGAAAUGACUUCAUUUCCAAACUCUCACACACAUUCAAUAUUAUGAUCAAUACUUGCAUUUUAAAAGUCUAUAAACUGCCAUAAUGUAUUAAAACAAUUAUAAUGCAAAGCAUAUUUGCUUAUGAUUUACUUUAAAAAAAAAAAGCUAAAUAUCUUUACAUAAAAAAUAUCUUCAAUAUAAAUGAGGCUGUUAUUUUACAAAUACCACUUGUGAUUGAACAUUUUAUCUUUGUUGAGGAAAAUAUGCAACUGUCCUAUUGCAAGUUUGCAAGUCCUUUUAAUGUGCCUUUGUGUUGUAACCGCAUGUUAUCGUGAUUGUUUUUAUUAAAAAAGUGAUUUAUUA